GCGGAGAGCACCACGAAGGCAUCGAACCCGCAACCAUGGCCGACCCGCUCUACGAGCUUCUCGUGCCCUAUUUCGACUCCAAGGAGGCCUCCCCCAGACCCGCCCCGUCUGCCGCCGAUCCCACCACGUCCACCUACCUUGCCCGCCUGACCACGCUGCCUCUGCUGGCCCUCAGCUCCUCCGAACAGCAGUCCCUGUCGCAAAGCUCGCAGUCGCUUCUCCGCUCGCUGCAGACCCUCUCCAAGAAAUCCCACAAGUCCAUCAUCUCCUCCUCCGGCCGCCUCGCGAAUCUUCGAGACACACUGCCAAAGCUGGGGCACGAGACGGGAGAGGUGCGCCAUGGCAUACCGAAGCUGGAGAGCGAGGCCCUGCGCUUCUCGGAGAAGUACUCCAAGACGGUGGAGAACCCCAUCCUCGACCGGCGGAGAAAGGCCAUGCUGUUAGCUAGGAACGUGGAUCGCGUCUCCGACCUUCUCGACCUGCCCACCCUGCUGUCGUCCGCAAUCUCCUCGUCUACCGCACCCUCCCAAGCCCCCGCAGCUUCGACAUCUACAGCCACCAACGCCAACUAUGCCUCUGCGCUGGAUCUCCAUGCCCAUAUCAAACGCCUCCAUACACUCUAUCCGAACCUGGAUCUAGUAACUUCCAUUUCAGCUCAAGCGGAACACGAGAUGAAAGGCAUGACUACGAAUCUCAUUGCGAGUCUCCAGUCACAGGGCAUAAAGCUUGCUGGAGCCAUGCGGACAAUUGGAUGGCUUCGGCGAGUAGCCCCAGAGCUAGACGAGGCGUGGACUCUGAAAAAGCCCACAGCUAUUGGAAGCAGCGAGGGUGCACUUGGGGCGCUCUUUCUUGUAUGUCGACUAACAAACCUCCUCUCUAUGCUCGAGGCUCUAGAUCCCCUACGAGAACUUGCAGAUCAGGAGACGGCGAGAAGAACCGCCAGUGGGGCCAAGGCCAAUGGAUCCAGCGAUAGAUGGUCAGGCGGUCAGCAAACGGAGCGAUAUCUCAAGCGCUACAUUGAGAUAUUCCGCGAGCAAAGUUUCGCCAUAAUAUCCAUGUAUAAGAGCAUUUUUCCUGCGGCUCUACCGCCGCCAGGGUCAAUCGCUGAACCAGAUGAGCAAAAGAGCAAGCUCCCCUCGACCUCUCUACCAGCAGACAAGAAGUUACCGGAAGAUGACACCCUGCAGCCUUUGCCAUCAGCUCUCGCGACGUUUCCACUUCAUUUGGUUGAUCUUCUCUUCGAAACCCUGAAGAGAUAUCUUCCAAAUGUGCAAGAUCGUUCAUCACGGGACAGCUUAUUUACCCAAGUGCUGUAUUGUGCUGGGAGUCUCGGCCGGCUAGGUGGCGACUUUGGUAUGAUGCUCGCAUUAUUAGAAGAGGAGAUGAAUGAAGGCUCUGAGGAUGAAAAGGAAGAGGAGGAAUGGGUCGAAGUGAUGAAGAAGCACCGGAUCCAGGCCAGCAGAUUGGAACUGCUGGCGAGCGGCGUUGGCACCAACAGAACCGUCAGUCCAUCGCAUUGAGCAUAGCGAAAUAUCCGAUAUUUUUACCUGAU